AUGGAGGCCCUACUCUCUAUGUCUUUUGACAACCUCUCCUCCUACGACCAGGCCAAGAUCCGAAAGGGACUCCGACAAGUCGAGGGUCUCCUCGCGCAGAUCUGCCUCUCGUCCAGCAACAGCUCGCCCCAAUCCGCAGCCGAGAAGCGUCGCUCAGUAAUUGAUCCUGGCAAGGAACCGCCGCCGCGCAAAGCUCUGAGCGAGCUGGGGAAUGAUCCGGCCUUUAGGGAGUUCUUCAAGUUGCAAGAUGGGUUUGAGUGGAAUGUUGCGAUGCGCCUGGUCAAUUGUCUGGAUAGGUUGUUGGGGAAGUCGCAUGAUGGCCAGAAUGAUCUGUUGAUCAUCCAGACGUUGGAUCUGAUCCAGGGGACUUUGUUACUGCAUCCACCAUCCAGGACUCUGUUCUCGCGAGAGCUGUAUAUGAAUCAUCUCCUUGACCUCCUCGAACCAAUCAAUUGUCCAGCUAUCCAAUCCGCAACAGUCAUUACUCUCGCAUGCGCCCUCAUUGAGACCCCCCAGAACGCGCGCACAUUUGAGAACCUCGACGGACUCCUGACCAUCACAUCUAUCUUCAAGUCCCGCGAAACAGGCAGAGAGGUCAAGCUCAAGCUCGUCGAAUUCCUCUACUUCUACCUCAUGCCCGAAACACCUUCCAUUCCAUCCGCGAAUAGUACCGUCUCGGUCCCAGCGAUGCUGCAACGCAGCCCUAGCAAAUUGGCAGGUGCAUUCAAUAGUCGAGAGAGUAGGAAGAGGGCCGAUAGCGAGAGUGGCAUAACCAGAACGACGGAGGAGAAGCAGGCGCUGUUGGGCAACUAUCUGAGUAGCGUAGACGACUUGGUCGCAGAUCUGAGAGAGAGCACACCAUUCGGCGGAGCACUGUCAUAG